GCGGCGUCUGGCCGAGUGCUUUCAGCCAGAUUCGAUCACACGCCAAAUCGAAGGAAAAAAUCGCAUCCAAGAGGAGAUCGAUGCAGCAAUUUCAAAAUUGAAGAGUUUGGACCCCUCUUUCGUGAUGAGAAACAACGUUUUCUUGAAGGAAGACCAAGCCCUUCUUUUGUUGUCCACGUCCCUCCCACUUUAAGCAAGACAAUGCGAGGAUCAAGUGUUCCGAUUCGGUUUUCAUUCGUCUCGGACAUUAUGUCCAAGAUUGGUUUUCCAUUGUCGCUAGCUGAAGCGAAAUCCUCCUUUGAGUUCUUGAAACGAUAUUGCCCCAAGUGUCUAUCCUCUUCCGUCGCUCUAGGAGACAUUUUAUGGUCUCUUACUGGGGAUAACGGCUGUCAUUUCACCAAGUUCAUAACUUCACUAGUGGAAUCUUGUUUGAAAUGUGAAGAGCGCCUUCAAAUGCACAACAACCCUACCAAAGCAAUUGUUCAUGGUUCAAUGGGCCCUUUGCCUGCCAGUAAGAUAACUCUUGAGUGCAAAGAGUGUAUAACAACAUAUGGCAUUGGGCACUUCACUGACGAAAGUGGAGCGCUUAUUUAUCCUAGAGGUAUUCAGUCGCCUUUCAUUGAGGCAAGCAACGUGUCCUACAUGAAUCGCGAUUUCUACAAGUGGAUACCAAGCCUUGGGUAAGUGUUGUUCCAUUGAAGAUACACGUUCCCCUAAACUUAGUAACCAGUUUCAUGUACUUGAUUGAUAAGAUUAUUUGAGGCGAAAAUUAAAAUCCUUCGAUCCUAUCUUUUUUCAUAGAAACACAUGUAAUCCAGUAACAUUCCAAUAACACAUUACGCUGAAUUUUUCUAGUAAAUCGUGCAUGAUUAUUUUUUAUCUAAUUACGUGUCACGUAUAAAGGAGUAAGUACGCCAAACUAAUACUGAAACUCAUCGGAUGCUUUAUUCGAAAUUAUAUUGCAUCCAAAGUUUUUUGGUUUUCUUUUUUUUGUUUCUGGAAUGAAUUGCGUUCUACUUGUCAUAUCGCUCUUUGUUACACAAUCUAAGACGACCUCCUUGUUGAAUUAGACGCUUCGAGAGCGUUUACUCGGUCUUCAUAUCGCAAUAUCGAAUCGUACUCUACAAGUAUCGAACACAAUAAAAAAAAACAAGUUAAAGAAUCAGGAUAUAUGACACAAGAGUUACGCUUUAUUAUUCAAGUUGUUUAUUACCUCAUAAGUCAAAGAGCGUUCGUUUAUCACGGAAAUUUAAGAAGUAGGUCUAGUAAAUCACGCAUCACGCGCUUGUAACAUCCCGUUUUGAAGUCAGGUCCCGCGUCACCUGGAUAAUUUGGGUUCAAUCACGCGUCACGCUGCAAAUAUUGGGGCCCUCAUGCGUCACGCAAAACCUUUUUUUUUUUUCGGAAGUUAUGGUACGCGAAGCGUUUCUAUGGAGACUCUGAUAUUCAAAUGUGUAUGUCAUUCAAUCAAGACGCUGUUAGUCAGCCAAAACUCGAGAAUCCCCGAAACAGCUUUGGACUAACUUGAGUUCUUUAAAUUAAUCUUCACCUUCAACUCGCGAAUUUAGAUCUUAAGAACUUAAAUUUUACAGUUUAUACUUCGCGAUGUUGUUUUAACCGCUACAUUUCGACUUAGGAAAAAAAUUCGGGCUCAGACUCAAACCCAACAUUAAGUAUCAAUUCGAUUGUUUACGACCUGAUGUGAAACACGAGCCGGCCGUGGAAACAGUAAAAGUCAUUGGCCGAGCUAUUUUUCAAUUAGAUAAUAAAUUUACAUAGGAUAAUUGAGUUUUAACUCAAUUAUCUUUUGUAAACUUUAGCUACUAGAUCGAUGUUUGUGGAUGAGGAUAAUCUUGUCCUUUUCUUACAAAAGAAAACUCGUAGAAUCCACUACCGCAUAUUUGUAAUUUUAAUCCGGUUGACAAAAAAAAAAAAAACCAAAACAAAACAACUUGCGGACAUAUGAAACGAGUCGUGAGGUACAUCGUUCACACCUUGUAAACUAAAAUCAUCACGUCACAAAGGAAAUAUUACUGAUCGAAUCUUAGGCGAAACGUAUCAAACGAAUGGAAAGACCACGAGUUGGCCGUAUGCAUUCUUUGAUUUAGCAGCUUUUGUUUGUUUCUGUUCCCCCGCUUCUCCUUUAAGGAUCAUACCAUAUAGCCAGUUAUUUAAUCAUAUCUAUUGUGACCAACACUUUGCUAGUAAGUACCAGAUUACCACAACAUGGUCAAAGUAACUUGAUAAUUUUUUUAUUUUUAAGUUAGGUACUUUUUUUGCAGAGUAUAUACAGGGGGAUGAUGAUCAACAAUUAGUUGUUGAUUCAGAUGUGACGGAGAAAAGCGAAGAUAUUGGUUUGUUUUUCAUUUGUAUUAUUAUUUACUGCUUGUUAAAUGUAUCACAUUGCAGUUUCCAUAAAGGUUCCUAAAUUUAUCAUUUAUUUGAACCUUUUAGGGAUGAGAGCAUCAACCUCUACCCCACAAACAUGUGACAAGUUUAAAAGGUGGGUAAAUAAAUAAUAUAACUAUUACCAAUUUCUAAUUAUCUCAAUUAACCAUUUGCUCUGUAAUGUAUUUUUUAACUGGUAUAUCAUAUCCUACCAAUUCUUUUCAGCAAACCUUCCGGGAGAGAUGUCUAGUAAAUCUGUCGCUAAAUUCUUCUGGAAAGAGGAGUUGUCGGAGGAGCUUCAAGAUUUGGGUUUGCUUGAAAAGUGGGUGUUCACACAGCAGAAAGGGAGUCUCUAUGGGUCAGAAGAGGAUGCUAUGGAAUAUGUGGAGAAGAUACGAAGUGAAAACCUAUACCAUCAUGAAUGCUUCCCCAGUUGCCAGAAAAAAGGUUAAACAGAGCUUUAAGUUUAAAAUAAACAUCAAUAGUGCAUUAUGUUAUGAGUGUUAUCAGUAAAAGAAAUGUGUCAUCUUUGUUAUUCAUUGAUGCAUUGCAGCUAUCAAAUUAAAAAAUUUUGCAACUUUAUUGUCUUAUUGCAUAUCUUUUACAUCCAAACAGGCUGUGGUGUCAUGUAUGUGGCAGAUGGUAACUGGAAGCUCAAGUAUUCCCACUGCAUGUGGCAGGUCCCUGUUAAUGUAGAGGGGUUUAACAACCAAGUUAAUUACCCUGAUGUUUGCCCUCUCUCACCAGAGCGGGGUCAAAAUUAUCGUUUUGCAACUUCUAAUUUACCCCACGGAAUAAGAAUGAGAUCACAUCAU